GUGAGCGUGAAGCCGGAUUCCUGGUAGAGUUUCUAUCAUUUCUCUGCAUGAUAACCUCGUCAGUAGACAGACAUCGUUGACUUCACCUGUUGCCCCAGAGAUGUUGAGAACCGCUGAGCAGAUGUGAGUGGGCUCCUUAGUUUAACUCAAACAAAUCAGUUCAGAGCACAGUUUUCUUGUUUAUAGUUUAAUCAGGUCUAAAUCAGUGAGGAACAAGGGCAUGGAUCUGAGAUCGGAGCUCCCCACAGUCUCCUCCGCCUCACAAGUUCACCCAGGAGCGGCAGCAGCAGCGGUCGCGGCAGCAUCCAUCCCGGUGUCCAUGGCCAGCAGCCUGCUUCGCGGCCCUCCGCUCCUGCUGCGCGCCGCGGACAAGUACCCACGAACCCCGAAGUGUGCCCGCUGCAGGAACCACGGCGUGGUCUCCGCGUUGAAGGGCCACAAGCGCUACUGCCGCUGGAAGGACUGUAUGUGCGCCAAGUGCACUUUGAUCGCCGAGAGGCAGCGAGUCAUGGCGGCUCAGGUGGCGCUGAGGCGGCAGCAGGCGCAGGAGGAGAACGAAGCCCGGGAGCUGCAGCUUCUCUACGGCACGGCGGAGGGACUCGCCCUGGCAGCCGCCAACGGCAUCAUACCACCGCGUCCAAACUACGAGGUGUUCGGCUCCGUCAGCAACGAGAGUAACUCAGAUUCAAGUAUCCAGAAGUAUGAACUCUUUCCAAAAGGCCAGCUGUCUGGAUCCGCCACCCCUCAGCAGACUGUGGGGAAACCGGCGUCCACUGAGAGUGACUCGGCCCCGGGCAUCUCGUCUCCAGACGGCCGGCACGGAGGAUCGGGUUCAGAGAAUGGAGACAGCGAGUCUUUCAUCAGCUCGCCGGUUUCCAAGCCUUUAAAAGACGGAGGGGAGACCCCCGGCUCAGUCAGCUCCAUUGGCUCUGAUUCCGGUUCUGAGACCGACAAAGACGAACAGGAGCCCUCUCCAUCCUCUGCGGCCUCCCGGCACAUGAACGCCAUCGACAUCCUGACCCGAGUGUUCCCCAGCCACAAGCGGAGCGUCCUGGAGCUCGUCCUGCAAGGUUGCGGUAAGGACGUGGUGCAGGCCAUCGAGCAGAUCCUCAACAACAGCGGCGCUCAGGGCUCCAACAAGGCCGGGCCAGAUGAGACGUGGACUGCCGAGAGGAUGCUCCAAAACGCACAGCAGCCUCCGCCUUCCUCUGCAUCCACAACCGCCCCGACGAGGCCCAUAUUACCUGGAGCCAUGACGCUCAGUAACCGCUCUGCGUUUUCUCCUCUCCAGCCAAACGCCCCGCACUUCGGCGCCGACCCCAGCACCUAUCCUCUGGGCACCCACCUGGGACUCAACCCGCUGCGGCUGGCCUACUCUGCGCACAGCCGGGGACUGGCUUUCAUGACGCCCUACUCCACCACCGGGUUGAUGCCCACCCUGGGCUUCAGACCCCCGAUGGACUAUGCCUUUAGCGACCUGAUAAGGGACAGGACAAUGUUGCACAAGGAGCAGGGCUAUGCCACCGGCCUAUAUGGUCCUUUGGUCAACAACACGCCGGAAAAACAGUGAGGCUGGUGGACUGACCAUAGAGACACAUUCCAUUGUAUUUGUAGCCACAAGUGUUGAAUAUUCUGGCGAAAAUCUGUGAUGUGUUUUGGCUACAGGCUACUGUACAUAAUAGGAUUAUCCAGCGUGUAGUCAAAUGGUCUGAGAGGAAAAACAAAAA